GUAACUUCUCCCGAAUCUUAACUGUUGGCCAGAGCUUUACGUCAUUUCCCGAUGUUUUGCAACAGACAGAAGACGAAAAUGGACGACAUGCUCGUCAACCAGUUCAAACAGCAGUUUUCUGGGAUUUUCCUGUCGAACGUGAAUAGUGGGCGGGCUCCCAUCCAUCCAGAACCGUUCGACGUGGCUUGCUUUGGCGAUGAUUUCCUGGGCCUUGAUGAUUCCAGUGGAAGUAUGUACAACGGCUUGCACUUUUCGUCGUCGAUGGAGAGCACUGAUUCCGUUUUCCCAUUCGGCAACCAGCUUGGCGGCCAAAUGGACAACGUGUUUGCCUCCGACGGAAUCAAUCCCCUCAAGGAUCCUCUCCGCCAGAACACUGCCAACCUCGAUCACGUCCGACCAAAACCAUUUCUCACCCCGCAUUCUCAGGCCCAGAAUGCCGCCUCCAUGCCAUUUCCACCGCCACAUGCCGACGUCCAGCACACUUUCUUCGGCGGAAUCUCCUCCAGCUCCAAGCAAGACUCCAACUCGCCCUUCACCGCCCAGACGGCAGAAUCCUCGCCGCACGGCGACGAGGAAACCCUGGCUAACGAGAGAUUCUGGUUUCCGGCUGUUUUGGAUGUACCCACCGCCAUGGUCAAGCAUGAGACGGAGCCGCCAGUGACGUAUUUGAAUAGGGGACAGAUCUACCAUCUGUCCGUGGUGGAUUCCGCUCGACAGCCAACAAGCACGCAACCGGUUACAUACAGGACGACACUCUGGAUUUCGUUUGAGGACGAGCAACGACCGAAGGCGUCUGCGUGUUGGCAGUUAUGGAAGGAAACGCGGGGAUGGAAAGAGGCACAGCAACGGGAGGCAAAGCUACAGGCACUUGAAUUUGUCGAUCUCACGACGGGGCGAAGUAAAGAGCAGCAAUAUCCGCGUGCGCAGUUGGAGAGUGCCACGUUCGACGGGUUCUCUGUUACCUGGACUGCUGAUCCGACCAUGGGACCCGGAUGCUCAAUACCAAUCCGAUGCAACUUUCUCUCCACCGACUUUAUAUUAACCAAGGGGACGAAGGGAAUCUCAGUCCGACUAUGCGCAAAAACCGAAACACUCUCGUCCGACCCCGCAGUGGAGAAUAAAGCCGAGAUAACCUACUGCAAAGUGAAGCUCUUCCGAGACCACGGGGCGGAGCGGAAGAUUUCCAACGAUAUCGCACACGUUCGAAAAAAGAUCGAAAAGGCCGAACAGCAAAUGGCCCUUGCUGAAAAGGGCAAUCGAAAGCGAAAACGCACCGGGACGUUGAUGAACUCGAGCGAUGAAGAUAAAAGCGAUCCGCAAUCUGAUCUGAAGAGGAUGCAAACAAUGCUUUCCUCUUCGAAACCAGUGACGCUUCUCUCAUUGGAGGGUGAGGAUGAUAUGGGCUUCAUUCCCCAGCCAUCAGAUGAGCCGGUCGAUAUCAGAAGUGAAUCAUCUGGAUCACGCCAGGCUGGUGUCCUCGAUUCGAUCGAACCAUCGCAAUAUUCAAGUCGACAAGCAGACCACGACGAGGAUAGCUCUGGAUAUCUCAGCUCCCAAUCUAGUCUACGAGAUCGAUCAUUCACUUCUUCCGAUUCAUUGGAACGGUUACGCACAAACAACUACCGAACAUGUUCUACAGUCGGGACGUCACAAUCUCCAUCGCGAUCGAUCGCAUGUCUCUACGUCCUCUUCCACCAAUCCAACGAAAUAUACUAUCGAGCCAUCUACCUUAACCAACGAACUGUGCAAGACCUAGUAAAGAGGGUCUGCGAAAAACAACUCCGCAACCCUGAUUCCAUAUCCCGUGUGGUUCGUGUCAAGCCCGAUGGGAUACAAGUCCUGGUAGACGACGAGGCUGUGGAACAGAUUCUGGAAGGCCAGGAUAUGCUGGUUGAGUUUGGCACUGUGGAACAGGAGCCGACGACGGAGAUACGACUGCUUUAUUAAUGACGAUAGAAUUUGUAUAUAGACCAUCUUUGUAUAUAAUUUAGAGUAACGGGUUAUGAGUGCUAAUGAUAUAUAAUAA